AUGUCGCCUAUGAAAGUCAGUGUAGCAGGCCUUGGCGCCAUCGGAUAUGGCAUGGCGAUUAGUCUCAUCAGGGCUGGAUUCGACGUGACUAGCUACGACAUCAAUGAAGCCGUCCUGGAACGGUUCAAAGCUACUGGUAGGAGGACAGCAUCUAGCAUUCGAGCCUUGGCAGACGGGGCGGGAACCUUCAUUUGUGUUGUCGCUACUGCCGAACAAGCACUUAGAGUAAUCUUCGACAAAACCUCUGGGGCACUUUCAACCUUGCCUCAUGGGAGCACAAUCAUACUGGCUAUCACGGCUCGUCCCGAUUUUGUAAGCGGCCUGCAAGAGCAGAUCGAGGGAUUUGGGCGAGACGAUGUAACAAUAAUUGAUUGUCCAGUCUCGGGAGGAGAGGCUCGUGCGAACUCUGGUACCUUGUCUCUGAUGUAUAGCGGCAAGAACGAAGCAGUUCUGUCAAAGUCCGAGAGCGUUCUACGGGCGAUUGGAACCAACCUGUAUGAAAUUCCCGGCGGCCUCGGCGCGGCUUCACAGGUCAAAUUCGUACAUCAGAUAUUUGUUGGGGUGAAUAUUGUAGCAGCAGUGGAAAUGAGUGCCUUAGCACGAAGCGCUGGAAUGAACAUUCGACAGGUACAUGCGUCCGUAAUGCAUGGAGAGGCAGCAAGCUGGCUUUUCGACCAAAGGGUUUCGCAUCUGCUUGACGCCAAGUCAGUGCCAGCUUCGUCCUUGCGCAUCAUCACCAAAGACAUGGGCAUGAUCUCGGCAUAUUGUCGUGAGCACAGGAUUGGUUUGCCCACCGCCAUGAUGGCGGACCAGCUGCUGAAAACUGCAGCCUUCAGAGCAUGGGACCUCGGCGAUGAUACGUCUGUCAUCAAUCUGUACGGGUCCGCGACAGACUAUGGGCGGAUCGAGAAGGCACAGCUUUCACCGGAGGACAUUGGCAUCCUCCUCCUGGGCAUCCACACAGCAGCCUCGAUUGAGGUGUUGCGGUUUGCUCAACAUUUCAAGAUUGACGAAGCACUGCUUCUGAGCGUCGUCAAGGAAGCUGCCGGUGCAAACAAGGCAUUCGACGCGGUUGUCCGUCGAUUUCCGCUUAAUGCGGCCAAAGAACAACGCUUCGCAGGAGAACAGCUACAAGCUCUCCAAGCUCAGAUGGUCACCAUCUUAGGGAGAGUAUCUGAGCACAACUUUCCGCAGCCACUUUGCUCGGUCGCAUGCCAGGUAGUUCAGCUGGCUGGGGACGGGCUUCACUGCUGA